AUGUCUUCUCCAGAAAUACUCCGCGACCUAGUCGCAGGAGAGUCUAAUGCUACUGCAACUCCUAGCUCCGCCAUCCCGGACUCCUCUCUCCAAAAGAAAGCUCAGCGAGAUGCAUUAGUGGGCCUUGAUGAGGUCAUUAGGACAAUGAUCCUAGAGCGCACCGCCAUCCAAAAUGAUAUUAUUCAGCAAAGGGCAGUUCUCGACGAUCAGCUUGCACGCCUAUCCUCGGCAGACGAACAUAUCCAGAAUCUCCAGACCGUGUGGGCCACUAUGGCGGCCGGGUUUGGAUUCAUUUCCAAAAAAAAUAAACCACUCACUCGUUAG